GUCGAGAGAGCCAGCUGAUCGAUCGAGUUACCCUUAGUUAUUAGACAGACAUGGCUUCGUUCCGGACCAGCUGGCAUUGCUUGCUCGCCGCCUGCCUGUUCCUGCUCGCUUCGGCGGCGCACGGGCAGCAGCUCUCGUCGUCCUUCUACGCGGCGACAUGCCCGACGCUGGAGCUCAUCGUGCGGACCACCAUGCUCACGGCGCUCCUCGCCGAGCGUCGGAUGGGCGCGUCCCUCGUCAGGCUCUUCUUCCACGACUGCUUUGUCCAAGGCUGCGACGGCUCCAUUCUUCUGGACGACGUCGGCAGCUUCGUCGGCGAGAAGGGCGCCGGCCCCAACGUCAACUCUCUCCGCGGCUUCGACGUGAUCGACCAGAUCAAGGCCAACGUCGAGCUCAUCUGCCCCGGCGUUGUCUCCUGCGCCGACAUUGUCGCCCUCGCCGCGCGAGACGGCACCUUCUUGCUCGGAGGACCAAGCUGGGCGGUGCCGCUGGGCCGGCGCGACUCGACCACGGCGAGCCUGGCCCUGGCCAACAGCGACCUGCCGUCGCCGGUCUCCGGCCUCGCCGCUCUCCUCGCAGCGUUCGGCAACAAGGGCCUGGGGCCCGGGGACCUGACGGCGCUCUCGGGCGCGCACACCAUCGGCUUCUCGCAGUGCCAGAACUUCCGCGCCCACAUCUACAACGACACCGACAUCGACCCGGCGUUCGCCAGCCUGCGCCAGCGCACCUGCCCCGCCGCGCCGGGCACCGGGGACAGCAGCCUGGCGCCGCUCGACGUGCAGACGCAGCUCGUCUUCGACAACGCCUACUACCGCAACCUGCUGGCCAAGCGCGGCCUGCUGCGCUCCGACCAGGCGCUCUUCAACGGCGGCUCCCAGGACGCGCUGGUGCGCCAGUACAGUGCCAACCCGGCCCUCUUCGCCUCAGACUUCGCCAACGCCAUGAUAAAGAUGGGCAACAUCAGCCCGCUCACCGGAACCGCGGGCCAGAUCAGGGCAAACUGUAGGGUGGUCAACAGCAGCUGAAACGUGACAUAUAGCACCAUCAGUAUUGAGUGCGAACGUACUACUGGGGGGUGUAUAAAUAUGUAACAAGCACAUCCAAAGAUACUGUUUGCUACUUCGGUUGUUCCAGGGAUUACAUUUUCGUUUUGCAAUUUUGGGAAACCGUUUUGUUGACC